GUUUUGCAGGCUGUUUUCUAUGGGAUCUCCUUCCUGGCUGAUGUGUUGAGACUAAUUAAGAAACUGCCAAGUGUUAAGUACAUAAUUUCCUGCAGAGACCUUCUCUUCAGUGUCCUGGCUUUCCCUCUGUCCACGUUUGUGUUUAUGUCCUUUUGGGUAUUGUAUACGUACAACCGAGAACUGGUUUACCCCAAGAGCCUGGAUGGGAUCAUUCCAAUGUGGUUAAAUCAUGCUAUGCACACUAUUGUAUUGCCACUUGCUCUGCUGGAGAUCUUCGCUACCCCUCACCGUUAUCCACCAAAGAAGAAAGGACUGAUCCUAUUAGGAUUUGUUUCUGUUGCCUAUCUCAGCUGGGUCCUGUGGAUUUACUCUGUAACCGGAGAGUGGGUAUAUCCGCUCUUCACCUUUUUCAGCCCAGUGGGUCUAGCGGCCUUUUUCUGCAGUAGCACUGUCCUCAUUGUCUGGAUCUACAACAUUGGAGAGUUUCUCAACCGUAUGAUUUGGGGAGAUACAGUAGUAAUACUGGAAUACAAGAGGAAGGGCAAAUGAAGCUUUCUUUUCAAAGGAGUGCUCCCUCCAUGAAUUCUGAAACCAUGAAGUAGAGGGAAAGAAAUGCCACUGUGAUAAACUCCUUUCUCCAGCGUACUGUGUCUUCUGGUGAAUCCAUUUGGUCAUCAUAACCAUGGAAACUGGUGGAAAAUAUUAAAUGAUAGUAUUUUACAGGAUGGUUAUGAAACAAAGCAACUGCUACGAAUAAGGAAAUGCAUGCAUCUAUGUACAAGAUUUCUCAUCCCUUACACAAUAUACAUUAGGAUAUGUCUGUGGUAAACUUGUAACUGGCAAAUAAAUUACCUCAUGACCUUGCAGUGGGACUGGCACCACAUCUUUAAAUGCCCCGUGAAAGCAAGCACUUGUUACUCAGUACUUGUUUCGCUCACCUAAUGUUUUUCUAGAAGUCCAGAUGGAAAAAUAAAAAAAGAGUAAUAAUUUUAACAUUGCCAUGACGUCCAAAAUUAGAAAAAUAUUAAAGAUAAUAAAAACCACCAUUUUUGCAACAGGCAACAUACAUAUUAAUAUGUAUAACUUUUUCUUCUUAAUUUCUAACAAGAAUGCAAUACUUUUUCUUUUUUGGUUUCAGGUAAUCUUGAAGCAAAAGUAAGCUAAGUAAUUUUACUGACUGCAGGAUUGCUUUGACAGAAAGUAUGUUAAUUGAAAGUACUGUUUAACAUAAAGCUGCCUGCCAUAAAAUUGUAUUACAUUCAUAUGUUUACUAACCUUGCUUGAUAUACUCGAUUUCUAUUAUUAGCCUCAACAUUUUGUUAAUAACUAGAGCACUGGAGAGAUGCUUUGCAAAUCCAAAUAA